AUGCGCUGGGCGACCGACGGCAACCGGCUUGAGAUCCCGGUGGUCGUCGAGUUCUGCCCUGGGGGCGAGCUGCGGGUGCUGCGGUCGGGGGACUUUCUGGGCGAGUGGGUGGAGCCGCCGGGCAGCGCCUGGGGCCCGCUGCAGGUGCUCUCUGCCCCGGGAGACGAUGGGAUGCCCCGGCCCGGGGCCCAGCUGGUGACUCCGGGCAUGUCGGGAGGGUCCUGGAGGAUGACGGACGCGGAGCAGGGCCGCAUGGUGGAGUUCAACUUGGAGACCACCGGCUUUCACCGGCAGUCCAUCUGGCUGCCCAGGAGCAAGCUGUGGUUCAAGGCCAAGGCCUACGGUGCCACGCUGGCUGCCGGGCUGAGGCCGCCAUGCACCAUCAGGGAGAGCCUGAUAUCAUUGGGCGUCGUCGUGGCGUUCCUGCUGGGUCUGGCGCUUGGCCCCGCUGGCUGGCUGUCCAUUGUGUAUUUCGCAUUCGGGGUCAGCAUCUGCGUCGGAACGUGGACCUCCAGCAGGGUCGCGGGAGAGCCGGGCGACGAGUCCGUGCCCCCCGUGACGCUCAGGCAGGACGUGCCCGAGCUGUGGCGAUGA